AUGGCUGCGUUGAUGAUGGUUAGAGAUAUAAAACCACGUAACGACGGGAACGAAGAACAUGAACAACAGGAUACUGGUCGGGUUAUUCGAGACAUUAAAAACGUGUAUCCUGAAGUUAUUGAUUUAUUUAGAGGAGUUAAUGAUUCAAUUUCAAAACAUUCUAUAACCCUCGAUGAAGAGAAUAAAUUAACAGAUUAUAUAUUCGUCAUUAUUGCAGAAUUAAUGAAGAGAAUAAAUGAAAAAGGAAUUGGUGAUAUCAUUAAUGUCAGCGAUGUAAUGAUGAAAAGAAAUUUUGACUCAUUAUUUACAAAACCGAAAACAGAAUAUAGUCUUUAUGACGUAAUUACCGAAUUAAUGAAAAAGAUUAAUGAUAAUAAGAGUUCUGGCGGAAGAGUUGAAUUAGAAGUGAAUGAUGUUAAUGAGAAAUUAGCCGAAAAAGCAGACAAAAAUGAGCUUUUAGCUCUGAGUGAUAAAGUCAAGAACCACGUUCAUUAUAUAACUUCAGACGAACAGAUUAUAACGGACUACCAUGGAUAUUUAACACAGGAUGAACAAAUAAGCACUGAAGAUGUUAAUGAAAGAAGAUAUAAAUACAUUCGUGCUAAAGGUUAUGACAUAAGCUGUACUGUACAGUAUGACACAGGUAAAGCACCAGAAGCAUUUGGUUAUAACGAUGAAAUUUAUGUCUCUACUUUCUCUGUUAAAGGUGUAUUAGUUGAACCAAGAUUUAUGUUGAGAGUUAAGACAAAAAUAACGUUUGAAGAUGCUAUUAAAAGUAAAGCUGACAAAGUUGAACUCGAAGCAAUGAACAAAGUUUUGAAAUCUCAUAAACACAACAUCUCCGAUAUAAAUGAACUUCAAGCUACAUUAAAUAGUAAAGCUGACAAGAACCAUACACAUGAAUCCUUCACUACUGUUAGAGCAGACGACAUAAUAUUGAACUAUACCCUUGGUUCAAGUGCACCUUUAGAGAAUCCAAGUACAAGCGUAAAAGAUACACUAAACUCCUUAAAUAGUAAAUGUAUGAACAUUGAAGGUCAUGUCAGAAACUUUGAAACACAUGAACUACCAGCAAUGUUAGAUAAAAAAGCAGAUAAAGAACAUACCCAUAACUCCUUCUCAACUGUUGCUAUAGAAAGUAUUGAAGGAACGGUUGGCGGAACUGGUGGGGAUGCAUUAUAUUAUAAACCUCCUAACUUUCCACAAGGUUUAACAUCGAAUGAAAACAUAACAACGAAGAAAGAAAUUAGCUGUAAAAAUGUUUAUGUCAUGGAUGAUGAAAAUAAUGUUAAAUUCACUGCUCAAGAUUUAUAUGAUAAGAAAGCAGACAAAACAGAGCUUCAAACAUUAAAGACUGAAAUACUUCAAACCAUAUAUCCUGUUGGUUCUAUUUAUACGUCAAUGAAUUCAACAAAUCCAGAAACAGUUUUAGGUUUUGGUACGUGGAAGCAGAUUGUAGAUAAAUUCUUAUACUGUGCUAGAUAUUCAAAGCAAACAGGAGG